GCUUAUUAGGUGUUGGUUUCCAACGCUUUGGCAACAAAGAAAAGCUAAAAUCCAGUCCUUUACAACACCUUUUUGAGGUGUAUGUGGAGAUUAACAAAGCCGCCGAAGAUGAAGACACAAAGAAGCUGGCUAAAGAUUUCUUUAGAAAACUGGAGAAACAUGAUGAGCAGACGUUGUCACUUUGGAAACAAUUUAGAGACUUCAGUAUUGAGGAAUACAUCAGGAUGUAUAAGCGCCUAGGAGUGCACUUUGAUGAAUACUCCGGAGAAUCGUUUUACCAAGAGAAGUCUCAGGAAGUUCUCAAGAUGUUGGAGGAUAAAGGGCUCCUGCAGAAAACAACGGAAGGGACAGGAAUUGUGGAUCUUUCAGAAAAGAGAGACCUCUCAUCGUUUUCCACUGUCAUGCGUAGCGAUGGGACAUCUCUUUAUAUAACAAGAGACCUUGCUGCUGCUAUAGACCGAAUGAAUAAGCAUAGCUGGGACACUAUGAUUUAUGUGACAGAUAAAAGUCAAAGUAAUCACUUCCAACGUUUGUUCCAAAUACUGAAGCUCAUGGGUUACGACUGGGCAGAAAGGUGCCAGCAUGUGUCUUUCGGUCUGGUUCAAGGGAUGAAGACUCGGAGAGGAGAAGUAAUUUUCCUGGAAGACGUUUUAAAUGAAGUUCGCUCAAGGAUGUUACAAAACAUGGCUUCCACAAAAACAACCAAAGAGCUAGAAGACCCUCUGGAAACAGCAGAGAAAGUUGGUCUUGCGGCACUAAUAAUUCAGGACUUCCGGGGCCUUCUGUCAUCCGAUUACCAGUUUAGCUGGGAUCGAGCUCUUCAAAGUCGAGGAGAUACAGGCGUGUUCUUGCAGUACACCCAUGCCAGACUCCACAGUUUAGAACAGAUGCAUGGGAACGAGCAGCUACCCGACGUCAACGUGGCGUGCUUGCAAGAGCCAGCUGCCAUCUCUGUUCUUCAGCAUCUUCUCAGGUACGAUGAGGUGCUGUACCAAUCUUCGCAGGAUCUGCAACCCAAGCACAUUGUCAGCUACCUCCUCACCCUCAGCCACCUUGCAGCCGUGGCACACAAAACCCUUCCUGUGAAAGGCAGUGGCCCUGAACUAGCCCAGGCGAGGCUCCGUCUCUUUCAAGCUGCACGCUUGGUUCUAGCCAACGGAAUGAGACUUCUCGGCAUUACACCUGUGACACAAAUGUAACGGGGCCACACGCGCCAUAAAGUCACAUCUCUCGGUAAAAGGGUUUUGUUUUUCAAGAG